AGUAUACCGAGAAUAAUAUGGCUUAUAGAUAUCACUGGUUAACUGCAUUCAUCCUGGUGCAUGUAUCCUUGCACUAUGGUGUCACCUCAGUUGUACCCGCCACCGCGGCAACACCAACGGCUCUACGGCAGGAUAACAUUAUCGGUUGGAUUACAGCGAUUUUCCGCCCAAAUACAACCGCCUCACCGCCAACGUCCAGCUCUGCAACGCCAUCCACACCAAUGCGCAAUUGUCCGUCCUGUAACUGCGGCAACAUCAACACCUUUCAUCGCAUUGUCGGCGGCAUGGACACAGAGGUAAAUGAGUAUCCUUGGAUGGCAAUGCUGAUGCGUCGCGGCGACUUCUAUUGCGGUGGCGCACUGAUCAACGAUCAGUACGUGCUGACGGCAGCACAUUGUGUGCGAGGUUUCAAUAAGCGUCAGGUCUCUGUGCGUCUACUGUCGCACAAUCGCACGGACGGCCGUGUGAGUACGAUCGAUCGCCAGCUCGAUAAGAUUAUAGUACAUGAUGGUUACAGUAUUCGCAAUUUAGAUAAUGAUAUUGCAUUAUUACGUUUCACCGAACCUGUAGAGUUACGUGAUCCUUUGCGACCCGUUUGUCUUGCGGAGGCAGGUAAGACCUAUGAUGGUGAGUUGGCUGUGGUCACUGGCUGGGGUGCCAUAAAGGAGGGUGGCUUCAUAGCUGAUCGCCUGCAGGAAGUGCAAGUACCCGUUAUGUCACUGGAGACCUGCCGCAAGAGUAAAUAUGGCUCUGACCGCAUUACAGAUAAUAUGCUUUGCGCUGGUUAUGUUGAAGGCGGUAAGGACUCAUGUCAGGGUGACAGCGGUGGUCCCUUACAUAUACCCAAUAAUGCGACGAAGUCCUAUCAGUUGGCUGGCGUCGUGUCUUGGGGAGAGGGUUGUGCACGUCCCAACGCACCGGGUGUUUAUACGCGUGUUACUCAGUAUUUGGAUUGGAUUGAAGAGCGUACUAGUGAUUCAUGCAAAUGUCUUGCUGGUGGGGGUGGUGGUGCUGUAGGUGAGAGUAGUAGCACAACACAAGCUGCAGAAAUAGCAAGUAGUGAGUCAAGUACUCAAAGUGUUGUAGAUACCACGUCAACCACGGCAACCACGCCAGCAAGUGAGAGCGGUAAUAUUCCCGAAGCAUCAGCAGUGUAAGUUAAUGUAAUUAUGAAGAUA